CACGAGUCCAAUUCCGGUUACCCUGCCGAAUUUAGCAGUUUUCAAAAUUUUCAACGUACGCACGAAACGAUUGACCAAAAUGUGAUAGGUGAAAAUCGAGAAACCUUUGCGACUCCCUGUCGUAGGUUUCCAAACUGGGAGUACAAUAAGUGCUAUAGUUACUACGCCAAUGGGCGGUAUAACACAUGCGAGUUUGUUAAUGUAGUCGACAUUGAGGAUUUUAUGAAUAAUGAAAAACGCAAGGAAAAGUCACGAGAUGCAGCCCGCUGCAGACGAUCUCGGGAAACUGAAAUCUUCACCGACCUGGCCAGUAUGCUACCCUUACAAAAAGAGCAGAUAACACAACUUGACAAGGCCUCCGUAAUGAGAUUGGCGAUUUCAUACCUACGAGUACGCGAUAUGGUCAAUUUAGUUCCACACUCCGAGAAACCAAAACGGAAACCAAAAGUUCAAGACGAACCCGUCUUUUUGAAGUCGUUGGAAGGCUUCCUCUUAGUCCUAUCACCCGAGGGUGAUUUUAUAUACUUAUCAGAAAACGUUUGUGAUUACGUUGGCAUUACUCAGGUUGAUCUAAUGGGCCAAAAUAUUUACGAGUAUAGCCAUCCUUGUGAUCAUGGCGAGAUAAAGGAACUGUUAGCGAAUAAAUCACAUCAAAGCAGUGAUGUAACAAAAUCGCUUUUUAUCAGGUUAAAAUGCACCCUUACGAAUAAGGGACGUUCUGUUAAUCUCAAAUCGGCCACAUAUAAGGUAAUACACUGUACCGGCCACAUGGUUUAUUGCGAUGAAAAUGUAAAAGAAAAGCCUAGUUUACAACAGUGCUUCAUAGCAGUUGGCCAACCAAUACCUCAUCCUUCCAAUAUAGAAGCACCAUUAGGUCGAAAUAUUUUCCUAUCAAAACAUAGUUUAGACAUGAAAUUUACAUACGCAGAUGAUAUCAUGAAGGACUUUCUUGGUUAUAAUGCAGAUGAUUUGAUUGGACAAUCGUUGUACAAUUAUCACCAUGCCAUGGACAGCGACUCGAUAUGUAGUGCCUUCAAGUGUUUAUUUUCAAAAGGACAAUGCGAGACCGGCCGCUACAGGUUUUUGGCUAAAACUGGAGGGUACGUCUGGGUCCUUACUCAAGCGACUUUAAUCUACGACAAAGUUCAAAAACCGCUCAGCGUCGUGUGCGUCAAUUACGUCAUAAGGGAUAUUAUAAUCAAUUGUCCUUACAUCCGCGCCGUGGGUGUAGUCGUCGAUAUCCACUUAGGUUUUGACGGUUUAUUUCAAUCAUAA